GUGAUAAAUUUUAUGCUGCUAUUAAUGGUAAACCUGGGGGUUUUAUAACACUUUGUGCGGAGCGGAGAAAUCUUCUAAUUCAAUUCCAUAAGCAUCCUUUAUGGGGUGGCCAUUUUGGAUGGGGGAAGGUGAAAGAUAGACUGAUGGAUUUAUUUCAUUGGGAUACAAUGGAAUCGGAAUACAAACAAAUAUGUAAGGAAUGCUUUACUUGUCAAACUCAAAAAAGUAUUCCUUCUCAAAUGAUUAAGCACAUCCCACAACACCCAGUGGUGGGAAAUACACCUUUAGGAAAAGUUUAUAUAGACUUAUUGCAACCAGGAAGGAAAACGUCAAGAGGAAAUGUGGCUAUGAUAGUAGCAGUAGAUUCGCUAACCAGCUUUGUAAUGAUUGGAGCAGUAAAAGAUUUAACAACAGAUGAAAUAAUUAGAGUACUGUUGGAAGAUAUUAUAUUCAAAUAUGGUACACCAAAACAAAUAAUCACUGAUAGAGGGAGAUGUUUCAGCAGUGGGAAUUUUGAGAAAUUUGUAGAAGUAAUGAAUAUUCAACAUCAUCUAACAACGGCAAACCACCACAAUCGAAUGGAUUGGUAG